GACCAACAGCGCGUGGCGCGAGCAUCGUGCAGAGCAGACGGCAUACGAGCAGACGACAGGUACGCUACACAGUGGAAUCCAGAGGAGUCGAUUUCAGGGGACUGAUAGCUGUCACCACGUUCAGAAAAGGAUGGUUCAAUCUUUGGACGUCGACUGAUGGGAUGAAAUUAUGAGAGGAAAUAACACUACCCCGAUCACGCCCUGAGAGCUAAUUCCAAGACAUAAUUAACACCGUAUGUGCAUAAUACUUCAGCAUUUUGAAAGGCAGGUGUCUCCCCGGUGUAGAGGGGUGACAAGUCACCUGCAAUGAAAAGAUCCGGGACGAUGUACCAUGGGAUGCUCAGCAUCAAUGGAAGCAGAUCAGUCAUUAGCCUGGCCACCAGCCAAGCUUAUCUACCCAAACAUCAUUGACAAACAAAACAGGAUAGCUCCCCGGAAGUGGACUAGCAUUGUUGCUGCUGGCAGUAAGGUUCCUGUAUCUACACAGUCUUCCUCAGGCGGGUUGUUCGUCGACCCAGAAUUCCCCCCUAACUUAAAAUCAGUCUUCCGAAAAAAGAAAAUAGAAAAGAAGAUUACUUGGAAACGUCCAUCGGAACUUUCUAGAAAGCCGUCUUUGAUAGCCGAUGGCACGAGCCGCCAUGACAUGAAGCAGGGUGACCUGAACGACUGCUGGUUCCUCUCAACUCUGUCUGCCAUUGCAGAGAAACCACAGCUCAUGGCCAAGAUCAUCCCUGAAGACAAUACAUUCGGCACAUCUCGCUAUGACGGAAGGUUCCAUUGCAAGUUCUGGCAGUUCGGCCAGUGGGUGGACGUGUACAUUGACGACCUGCUCCCCACCGUGGAAGGCAAGAUCCUCUUUGCCCACUCUUCAGACCCUGACGAAUUCUGGGUGUCUCUUGUGGAGAAAGCUUAUGCCAAGAUGAACCAGUCCUAUGAGGCUCUGGAGUAUGGGUUCGAAGCCGACGCCUUCACCGACCUGACUGGGGGUUUGGCCGAGUGGUACAAUCCUUCUGAUCUCCGCGAACACGAGUUUUAUCUCAUCCGGGCUGCUUUCCAGUGCGGUGCUGUGAUUGGUUGUCUCAGUGUUGACAAGGAAGAGCGGGCUGAGCAGGACCGGAAGGGGAUGAUAUCCAACCAUUCUUACGUCAUAACCGGUGUGGAGGAAAUACCUCACCAAGACUCAACAGCCAAACUGAUCCGGGUCCGAAAUCCCUGGGGGGACACCGAAUGGGAGGGAGCCUGGUGUGACGGAGGUGAUGAGUGGAAUCGUGUACCCGAUGACGUCAAGCUGGAACUGGAACUGACGUCACAGGAUGACGGGGAAUUCUGGAUGUCUUUUCAGGACUUCCGGCGAGAGUAUUGUAACAUGAUCAUCUGUAAUUUAUCCCCUGACUUCGACCACGACGGCAUCAGUGAUAAAGCAGAGUAUCAGAGGUACAUGAAAGGACAAUGGCGGAGCGGUGUUAACGCAGGAGGGUGGCUGGAGUGCGAGUCGUUUAAUACCAACCCCCAGUAUCUUCUCACCAUGUACUCCGAUGCGAGCGUGCAGAGGCGGUACUCCGGUCGUCUCCCCUUGGCUGUGGCGCUACUUCAAGUCUACCGCCGCCAGGAGACGCUGGAGGGAGGCGAGAUACAUGCGGUUGGGUUUGAAAUAUUCCAGUUACGAGAGAGACCGACUGCUGCUCUAUGUCAGGAUUUCUUCCAAUCCUCGGAUCCCCUCAUGCCGGAAAAUGAAGAAACCUACGCAGAAUACCGCGAGACAUCCGGGCGAUUCUUCCUCGAUCCGGGCGAGUACCUGCUUGUUCCAAGUACACAUCAACCCAACAAGUCACGUGAUUACCUGCUGCGUAUAUUUUCCGUCAGUAAAAUGGAAUGCAGCCCCCUGGCACACUGUAUACCCAUGGACACGUGAGCACACGACAGUGUCGACAACACAGGACAUCAGUGUAAAACCUUGAUGAAUUUGUGGCAACUCGAAGCGCCCCUAGAACAGACUUGCUUGGUAUUUCCUCGAGUAUGUAUGAAAUUCAGGUUUAACACUCAGGUGUCCAACACACGUCUAUGUUUGGUCGAGAAGUUUGUUUCUUGGAAGAAUACCUAUGACGCAGACAAAACAAUAAGGAGACAAUCCGAAUUAUUUCAUGAUGCUUGUGGGUUGUAUCACCUUUUAUGGUCACCCAGACCGCUUGAUUCUUUCGGCUUGUUCCAUUACCUACAUAUGAUGGGAUUGAUGUGAGCUGAGUGUACAAAAAUGGGGUCUACUGCUCGAAGACAAUCUCUGUUGAAGGCAUUAUAUAUUGACAUGACUGGCAACAUUGCCAUGGAUGAAAGUUUGCAUAUCAAGGACCUUUCUGCCUUAUAUAUCUCAGGAUGUUUAAAGAUGUCUUUUGAAGAAGUCAUAUGGAAAUCGGACUGUUUGUUUAUGGACCUCUGUAUGAUAAGGGCCUAACCUUGCUAACGUCAUGGUAUUUUCCUGAAUUUGUAAUUAAUCAACAUUUGAUAUAUCUGAACGUCAGCCAUAUAGAAAAGGAAGAGAAUAAUGCGAAUGUCUCACUUAUACAAAAAAUACCCUUUAGAUUUGAAAAUGAGUUCAGCAUUUAAAUAUUUGUCCAUCAUGGGCGACAGCCGUAACGUAAAACAUCCAAAUUAUGUCAGUCUACGUAUAACAACGCUUGAAGUCAAGGUUAACGGCUUUUAACUUCAAACUAUAUCACGGCCAUCUUAUUUGAAAUCUCAUCAGGAUAAACUGGAAUCAACUGCGUGUUAACCAGCCCAUUUCAAGCCUGGUAUUCGUUCUUUGUGAAUCCAAAUGUUUAAUAAUGUAAUCUUUUACUUUUUGAUGAAAUGAAUUGUAUUUAACGUUAUUACUCUCGCAUAAAUCAAGUGUUCAAGUGUACAAUCAUAUCCUGUAUCUUGCCAUGUAAAUACAAUUGACAUGUCCGACAAUUUGUAUGUAGUGUACAUGUUUACAUUUCUUGUUUACUUAUCUUACUUCUACCACUCAACCAUCACCACAUUUACUAUUUCACAUCUAUCACAACACACUGGUGUUACUAAAGUCUUCUUUUGCGUGAUUGACUAAGUAGCCUCUCUUAAAUAUUCCUUCCCAAAAUGACGCUGCUACUUCCCCACUUUUAAUCAACCACAAGUUUCUAUCUGGUUUUAUUAAUAUGCACAUGAUCCGUCCGUCAUUUCCAGAAUAGAAAAACACUUGCAUUUAUAAAAUCUUCAUAAAAUCGUGAACUAACACAGCUAGGAACGUUCCAGGCAUCAGUUACAUUCGUUUCUGGAAUAGCACUCAAAACAUCAUCAUGAAAUCGUAAAAACAUAUUUAAAAGGUUUUGGUUUUUCUUAAUAAUAUUCGUUUCUAAUGAAUCACAAAAGAUAUACAAAGAUAUAAUUUAUUGUAUUUUUCUUGAACGCAAGUGUUCCAUGGUCGUACCGUUUGCAAUUUAGAUAGGAAACGUCAACGCCAGGGUGUUACCAUUUUCGAUUAUCCAUCGAUUGCACUGGACGUAAGAGUGAGUGAGUGAGUUGGGUUUUACGCCGCUUUUAACAGUAUUCCAGUUAUAUCACGGCCUGUCAGCUUAAUGUGGGAGGAAAGCCCGAAGUGAUGCAGGUCUCAGACGU